GGGCGGGGGGACACACGGCGGCUCCCACGGCGGCUCCCGAUGGCUCGUCCGCGGCCCCGAGAAUACAAGGCUGGAGACCUGGUGUUCGCCAAAAUGAAGGGGUACCCGCACUGGCCGGCCCGGAUUGAUGAACUCCCUGAAGGAGCUGUGAAACCUCCAGCAAAUAAAUACCCCAUCUUCUUUUUUGGGACUCAUGAAACUGCGUUCCUGGGCCCCAAAGACCUUUUCCCAUACAAAGAAUAUAAAGAUAAGUUUGGGAAGUCGAACAAGCGAAAAGGAUUUAAUGAAGGCCUGUGGGAAAUAGAAAACAACCCUGGAGUAAAGUUUACUGGAUAUCAGGCAAUUCAGCAACAGAGCUCAUCAGAAACUGAAGGAGAAGGUGGAAAUACAGCAGAUGCCAGCAGUGAGGAGGAAGGUGAUCGGGUAGAAGAGGAUGGAAAAGGAAAAAGAAAGAAUGAAAAAGCCGGCUCAAAACGGAAAAAAUCCUACACUUCAAAGAAAUCCUCCAAGCAGUCACGGAAAUCUCCUGGAGAUGAAGAUGAUAAGGACUGCAAAGAGGAAGAAAAUAAGAGCAGCUCUGAUGCUGGGGACGCAGGCAAUGACACAAGAAACACUUCUUCAGAUUUGCAGAAAACCAGUGAAGGGACUUAACCAACAUAAUGACUGCUGAAUAUUAAGGGAAAACACAAGAAGGUUACAUGUUUGGUUGUCUAAUAUUCUUGAAUUUGAUAUGAGUCACCACAUCUGUUCAUUAGUACCAUCAACAGCAUCCCAGUUUGUAUGCACAUUAUUCACAUUCCUAUCUGUUGUGUUUGCAGAAAUGACAUUUUUACCCUUUUUUCUAAGGGUUACUUUUUGAUUUUCAUAUUAUUUGGUUGCAUGAAGUUGCCCUUUACCAGUGGCUGAGGUUUAUGAAGAUAUCGCAUACUUGAACACAUUUUACAUUCCUUUUCUAGACAGAAAAGGCGUAAUUCCAAAUUAUAUCAUUCUAAAUCAGUGUUUUUUAAACACGACUAAGUCUUAGAAAUUAGUCCCCUCCAUACGAUGCUACAAUAUCUUCCACGUACAAACAUAAUUUUAAAUUCCCCUAUAUCCAUUCUUUCUUGAGUUCUGAUCAGUUUACAACAUAAAAGAAAAAUUCUUCAGUUGAGGUCACCGCCAAGUUCAAUAAUGUAAUAAAAUACCUUUCCUUAUUAGAAGUACCUAGCUAGUUAUACUCUUAAUACUUCUCCAAACCAUGAUGUAAUGUACACUAUCUGACUUAGUUCCUAUAUGUGGAGUUAGUGAAAGUCUUUUUGUGUUUCUUUAGAUUAAUACAAGGAUUUUUUCCAAUGCCAACACAAUUUGAAAUCAUUCAUUUGGAUGCUUUCCAUUUUUAAGCUUACUGUGAUAUAGAACCCUAUGGGAAACCAAAACAAAACAUCAAUUUUAAAUAACGAAAGGCUUAAAAAAGGAUGCUGUCAUUCUGGCUUUUUUUUUCCUUUUGGAAAUAGAACUAGACUAGUAAGUAAGCAUUCCAAAUCCAUUACUCUGUGUACAUUAUUGUUGCUAUUGUGAUAAUAGAGAUUUUUAUUUAUUUUUAUGCCAGCUUUUAUUGUGAAAACAUAUUUAGUCUGGUUUUAUCAAUCCUUGUUAUGCUUGUCCUUGGAACAUCUUUUGCGUAUUCAAGGUUUGUAGUUGAUGAGUUUACUGUAAAAAAACUAAAAAAAAAAAAAAAAAACCACAGGGAAAAAAAAACCAACAAAAAAAACACAAAACAAAAAGGAAACAAAAAAAUGUAUUGUUUUUACAGAAUAAAUUUAUUGGAAUGUGUAUUGGGAGUAAGGUUUGAGGUUGUAAGCAACUAAGUUAGCGUCAUAUUUGGCUUCAUACGUGUAAUAAUGUGAGGUAUUAAUGUAAGUCAAGUAUUAAAGCAAAACAUUCUGUUAACAUGAGUUGACCAUAAUAGAUACAAGUGCAGGUGAGAUCUUUUAUUUUUUCUGUACUUUGCCUUUUCUGGAUAACGGGAGGUCAUUAAAUUCACCUUGAAUGUA